AUGUACGCUGGUGUCAUUCUUCAGGAAAGAGUAGAAAUUGUUGUGUGGGGAGCUCCCAAUAAGCUUCUUGGAGCUGAUGGUAGCUGGAUUAGGUUUUUCCCCGACGGAGGAGAGAAUGUUUCAGAAGCAAGAUAUAUAUCUCUUGCACUAGUUCACCCAUUCCAUCCGAAAAUGAAAAUAAGAAGAGGAGUAUUGGCGACAGAGUGUACGGAUGUAAUGCAUCAAUUCUUUCAACUGAGAAGGACAACUAAGAAGGAAGAGGUACCAAAGGAACCCUCUUGCCUUCCUGUUACUCACCACCAUCCUACCAAGUUACUUAAUAAGAUACAUGACAUAUUUCAUGUAAUGUUUUGUCUGUAA